AUAGGACACUGGCAGACAGAGACAGAGAAGAAGAAAGAAACAAGAAUUGAAGCCCACCCAGAAGGCGAAGGAAGCCUUAGAAGGGAUAUAGUUGGUGCUUUUGUACAGAGGUAUGAUACAACAGGACAGAACAUUAGAAAUCCGGUGAAGGGAGGCUACACUGUCUAGGCAGAUAUCUGGACAGCAAGAUCAACACCAGAGAUCACGGAAGCAGGAACAGACACCCUACCCAGAAGUGGCUACUGGAAGAUGGAACAGGAAAUGUUUGCCUCCAAGAGAUGUGAAGGGUCAGAAAUGAUAGGACUUGCUGGCUGAAGAGGUCAGAGGUGAGCCUCUGGCUUCUGGUUUGUGUUACUGGAGGGUUUGGCCAACUGACCUGGACGUGUCCAACAGCCCUGACCUCCAACACAGCCAUCCACCAUUCCAGCUGAUUGGGAGAUGUUUCCCUUCAAGGUGAGCAAGUGGAUGGGACUGGCCUGCCUCCGGUCACUGGUGCUGCCCUCGCCCAGUAUUCGUCAGAAGAGAUUAAUACACAAGCUACAGGAGGAAAAGGCUUUUCGAGAGGAGAUGAAAAAUUUCCAUGAGAAAAUAGAAGACUUCCGGGAAGAGAUCUGGGAGUUCCGAGGCAAGAUGCAGGCUUUCCGGUGCCAGAUCCUGGGUUUUUGGGAAGAAGAGAGACCUUUCUGGGAAGAAGAGAGGAUCUUCUGGAAGGAAGAAAAAAACUUCUGGGAAAUGGAAAAAUCUUUCCGGGAAGAAGAGAAAACUUUCUGGAAAAAAUACAGAACCUUCUGGAAAGAGGACAAGGCGUUCUGGAGAGAGGACAACGCUUUAUGGGAUAGAGACCGGAAUCUUCUUCAGGAGGACAAGGCCCUGUGGGAGGAGGAAAAAGCCUUGUGGGUAGAGGAAAGAGCCCUGCUGGCGGAAGAAAAGGCCCUGUGGGAGGAUAAGAAGUCCCUCUGGGAGGAAGAGAAUGCCCUCUGGGAGGAAGAGAAUGCCCUCUGGGUGGAAGGUGGUGGCUUCCAUCUCCUCGGGGCGCAGAGGCCCCAGAAUGGUCCCUACAAUGCCAACGAAGAGCCACAGUCAGCACCCUUCCCCCGAGGCCGUGCUUAGUGAACGCUGGACACAGAGGCCCAUGGGGUGCAGACAUCACUGGUUGGGAUUGAAGUCCAGGGUGACCCCAUGUACUAGAAGAAAUAAACACUAAUUUGUCUCUUUGCCAUGAAAGAGAUAAUAAAGCCCUGAAGAGAGGUUUGACAAAG